AUGGCAGAUCAGAGCAAGCGCCGCAAGAAGACGGCGAAAAAGAAGCUGUCGACGAACGGCGGGCAGACGGUGGCGACGGUAGCUGUGGCAUCCUGCGAGCCCGUCAUCUCGAGGAGGGUCAAGAAGAAGAAGAAGGUCAACAACGAGAGCGGCGAGGGCGGAAGCCCCGAUGCGCCUGGGAUGUCCGUCCGGGGAAGGAUCAAGAAGAAGCUCGCGGCGAAGGCGAAACCGCCCGAGGAAGAGCUCGACUUCUUGCCCGACCACUGGCGGAAAGCGACGAUCGACUCGGCGGCCGAGCGCGAGAUGGACGCGUUCGUGGCGUUCUACGCGCAGCAGGGCGUGCAGGGGUUGCGCAGCGAGUUCGCCCAGUGCAAAUCAUACGUGCCGCCAUGCUUCGAAUAUCCCACAUUCACCGCCACCAAGGAACGCAAUCGAUACGAAGACGUGGUGUGCCUGGAGUCGACCCGUGUCAAGCUCACCCUGCAAGUACCACCCGAAUGCGGCUACAUCCACGCGAACACGGUGAAGAUGGAGGGCCAGGAGAAGACGUUCAUCGCAUGCCAGGGCCCUCUGGAGCAGACGAUCGGCGACCAUUGGCGCAUGGUGCACCAGGAGGGGGUUACGGUAAUCGCCGCGCUUUGUCAGUUUCUCGAGGCGGGCAAGAUCAAGUGUUCGCAGUACUGGCCGAUGAAGGUCGACGAGUUUGUCAACUACGGGCGGAUGGCCGUCAACACCAAGAAGGUCACCCAGGACAAGCUCGGCUUCGACGUAUACACGGUGGAAGCGUUGCCGGAGGGGUGCUCGAAUUCGCAGAUUGUCAAGCUGAUCCACAUGACAUCGUGGCCGGAUCGUGGCGUCCCAGCGCAGCCCAGCGUCCUCCUCGGCCUCCUCAAGCUCAUCCACUUUAAUGCGCAAGGCACAAUCGUGGUGCACUGCUCGGCUGGGAUCGGCCGAACCGGCACCGUCAUCGCCGUCGACUGCAUCGUGUCGAGGCUGUUAAAGGGGAAGGAGGCCCGGUUACUCGACGUGUUCAAAGAGUUGCGAAACGCGCGUGCCUCGUCCAUCCAAACCGAGUCGCAGUACGUCUUCAUCGUCCAGGUCGUCUUCGAGUUUAUCCAGGCGCGAACUGGCGACCGCCACUCCCCAGCCAUCAAACGAUUCAACGAGGACGCCAAGAUGAUG